AUGGACGCGAUGCGGGAGAAUCUCGCGUAUUUACUCGACCAGCGGCUGUACGAGUCGGCUGAGAUCCUCGUCCACCCUUUCCCCAUUCCGGUCACCGACAAGUCUCUGUGCUUUCCUUCCCACGCUCUUUCAGGGAAGCUUCCUGGUCUCUGCAGCCGGGCCGGGCAGCGACGUGCCGGCAAUAUCGAGGGCGGAGAAUCUCGUGCUCUACGCGGAAGCGCUCUUCGGGCGGCAAGAUUUCCGCCGCGCGCUGGUGGGUGCGCGGAGAGUGAUAAUGCGCUGGCACAGCAGCUCUGCAAGGUGGCCGGCCACACGGGCGGCAGCAGUCGGACUGUUCCUGGCAGCCCUGCCACUGUAGCAAGCGCCGGCCUUGGGACUCCCGCCCAGUCAGGCGGCUACAGUGCAGGGGGGGCGGGGGCGGGCGGAGGGGGAACGGGGGGAGGAUCAGGGGGAGUGGGGCGGUAUGGGGGGUUGGGGCAGUCAGGGGGAGGGAGUGGGAUCGGGGGGAUUGGGGGAGGGGGGAGACCGGGAGCGGGGGGGAAGUCUAUGGGGUGUUUGCCUAUGGUUUCAGGGGGAGCGUGUGUGGGAGGAGCGGGGGGAGGGGGAGGGGGCGUGGUUGGCGGAAUGGGGGGUGGAGGGGCGAGCAUGGUGGCCUUGGAUACAGACGUGGGGAAGGCAGAGGUGCGGCUGCGAGUGGCGGAGUGCUACGUGGCAUUGAAGGAGGUCAAACCCGCCCUCACAGAGCUGGAGGCAGUGCCUCACCGCCUGCGCUCGUUGCGACUCAACCUGCUGCUCGCCCGUCUCUACCGCUCCAGCAGCUACGACCGCGCUGCACUCGCUGCAUAUAAGGAGUGCCUCAGGCAGUGCCCGUUCGCCAUGGAGGCAGUGACAGCAGUGGUGCAGCUGGGGCUGACGGCAAAGGAAACCUGCGCCCUGCUGCCACAGCAGGAGCCCCUGCCCAGCACACCCAGCAGCAGAGGGGGCAGCAAGGCGGGAGCAACAGGGGAAGUGCACGAGUCUUGUAAAUGGCUGCAGAAGUAUGUGGAGGCACAGGCACACCGAGCAGCCAAUGAGAACGCAGCCAGUGUGGACGAGUAUCAGCAGCUGGUGACUCGCUUCCCCAGCAACGUGCACCUGCACCUGCACAUGGGGCAGGUGGAGGCAUCGCAGGGUCGCAGUGAAGAGGCCAUGCUUCACUACCAAAAGGUGAGGCCAUGCUUCACUACCAAAAGGUGA